CUCCUCAACACUUGUUUGGUUUUCUGUGUGUAUCGUCAGCACUGCCACUUGGACACAAUCUGCAAGGGCAGUCAUGAGGAAGCUGGUGUUUCUUGUUCUAAUGGUAGCUGACGUGCAUGGAUGUGGCCUACCAGCCUAUCCUCCUCUGUUGGAACGAGUGGUAGCCGGAGUGGAUGUUAAGCCACACAGUUGGCCCUGGCAGGUGUCCCUCCAAUCAGACAGCAGUGGGCGCUGGAGUCACGUAUGUGGGGGAACCCUAAUUGCGUCCGAGUGGAUCCUCACUGCUGCACACUGCAUCAAUGGCCAUUACAACUAUAGAGUGGAAGUGGGGAAGCACAGCUUAAGGGCAAAUGAGGAGAGCUCAGUUGCACGGAGGGCGGGCCAGAUCAUCACCCAUGAUAACUACAACAUCCUCCUCAGCCGCAAUGACAUGGCCCUGAUCAAGCUCUCCACCCCUGUGGUUUUCUCUGACACAAUCAUGCCAUCCUGCCUCCCACAACGCAAUGUCGUCCUUCCCCAUGGCUCUGCGUGCUACAUAACUGGCUGGGGUCGACUGUCCACUGAGGGUGCUCCAGCUGACAUACUGCAGCAGGCUCUCCUGCCUGUGAUCGACCACAGCACAUGCUCGCAACACGAUUGGUGGGGCAUUCUGGCAACUGACAAGAUGGUCUGCGCUGGUGGAGAUGGCAUCACUGCUGGCUGUAAUGGAGACUCUGGGGGUCCUCUGAACUGCCAGAACCCUGAUGGCUCCUGGACCGUCCAUGGCGUGGUGAGCUUCGGUUCAGGGCAAGGCUGUAACUUCUUCCAGAAGCCAACCGUAUUUACCCAAGUCAGCUCCUACUUGGAUUGGAUUGAAAGAGUGAGCAACGUUGUGUAAACAUAACACUUUCACCUGUAUAGCCUGAGAAGUCUAAAGUGGACAAAAGCCUUGGCUUUGCAAAAACAGGGUGUGUAUGGAAGAUUAUAUUAUUUUCUCUUGUACCUGCAGGUUAUGAGCAACUAACUGAUGAAGCUGUUCAAAUUUGUGUGGGUCAUUUGAACAACUAUGUAAACACU